AUGGGCCGAACAGAAUACACCUAUGGGAGCGCUAGGCGUAUGCCGGACCGUAAGGGAGGCCUUACGUCUACCAUUCAGCCGGCGAGGCUCACCACCAUCCUUAGGCUACUGUCGUUGAUGCUCGUUUCUUGUGGAGUCAGCAGUGUCCGCUGCUCCUCCUCGACGAUGACAGUCCAUGAUAAUAGCACUGACAUGAUCUCGCUGUUGGAUUUUAAGCGCGCCAUCACCAAUGACUCAAGACAAGUCUUGAGAUCUUGGCACGUCGGCGCCCCCCUUUGCAAAUGGAAGGGUGUCGUCUACAGCGGCCCCAAGCACCCGGACCGAGUCAUCGAGCUGAACCUUACGAACCUAUCGUUGUCGAGCACGAUUUCACCGUCUCUCGGGAACCUAACAUUCCUUAUGAGGCUGGAACUGUCCAUGAAUGGCUUCACCGGCGAGAUACCUCCUCUCAACCGUCUCCAAAGAUUAGAGUACCUUCUCUUGGGACAGAACUCACUGCAAGGGACCAUUCCGGAUACUCUUACAAACUACUCUAAUCUAUACGAACUAUUCCUGUCUAGCAACUUACUAAUAGGAGAAGUUCCCAGUGAUAUAGGACGCCUAUCCAAUCUAUUGUUGUUAUUUCUUGGAGGAAAUAAUCUCACCGGAGAAAUCCCACCAAGCCUAAAAAACAGCAGUCAGCUUGAAUACAUCUUGCUUGAUUAUAAUAAGCUCACCGGAACCAUUCCUGAUGAGUUGGGAAAACUCCCAAAUCUUUCUGCAUUAAACCUUGCUAAAAAUAGGCUAUCAGGUGGAAUCCCGGAAACCCUGUACAAAUACAAUCAGUCUUCUCUCAGACAUAUAUUCUUAGAUUCCAAUAUGCUUGGGAAAACACCGCCAUCUAACUUUGGUGAUACCCUCCCGAAUCUUAAAGUUCUCACAUUGUACGAAAAUAAUUUUGAAGGUCAUCUCCGAGCAUCACUAGGCAAUAUUUCAGGGCUAGAGUGGUUAGACUUGUCAUUCAACAAUUUCAUUGGUCAAGUUCCAAGUUCUUUUGGUAAUCUUGGGCUGUUAGAACACCUAAACCUUCAGCAAAACAAUUUGUCGGGCUUCAUCCCAGGAGAGCUGGGUGGCUUGCAACACCUCACCAAUCUGUAUCUGUCUGAUAAUAAUCUGCAAGGUGGGGUACCUUGA